CAGAAGAACGAGGGAUUUAACCGAUGGACGGAGACACGGAGGGCACUUUUUCUCCGGUCACCAUGGAGGUGUGGAGCUCCUCGGCAUCUGAGGAGGAAGAAGAAGCAGAGAAGAGCACUUCCAGUCUUGUGGAUGAGCUGGUGGAAGAGGAGGAGAAAUGCCACAACAGCAAUAGCAAUAACAAUAAUAACAACAACAACGACAGCCUUUGCAAGGAGGUAACACAAGUGCUGUGCUCAGACAGAGUGGGCCAGGUCACCAAGACGUAUCAUGACAUUAAGGCAGUCACCCACCUGCUGGAGGAGAAAGAGCGGGAUCUGGAGUUAGCAGCACGGAUCGGUCAGUCCCUCCUGAAGCAAAACCAGGAACUAACAGCACGCAAUGAAAUGCUGGAUGAACAGCUUGAAAUUGCAAAAGAGGAGAUCGCUCAACUUCGUCACGAGCUCUCGAUGCGAGACGACCUCCUUCAGUUCUACGCGAGCACUGAAGAGAUUGAAAACUCGGAAUCGCUGUCACCGAUAAAAAGAAAUGAAUCAUGCAGUUCUCUCAGCAACUUCGUCCACUAUGACUUCCUGCAGCAGAAACUGAAGGGUUUAGAGGAGGAGAACCGCAAACUGAGAUUAGAGGCUAAUGAGCUCACAUCAGAGACGACCAGCUACGAGGAGCAAGAACAAGAGCUGAUGAUGGUGUGUGUGGAAGAGCUCUCAUCUGUCAAUAAGCAGGUGGUCGACCUAUCAGAGGAGCUAGCACGGAAAGCAGAGGACUCCGUCCGACAGCAGGAGGAGAUCAGCUCACUGCUCGCUCAGAUCGUGGACCUGCAAGCCCGCUGCAAAGGGCUCACCCAUGAGAAUGAGGAGCUCAACCAACACCUGAGUGCCUUCCGUGAGAGCCAUAUAAAACUUAAAUCAGAGCUCAAGGACCUGCAGGACAAGUACUCAGAAUGUGAGGACAUGCUCUGCGAGGCCCGGGAGGACAUUAAAAACCUUCGGAACAAGAGCCUGCCCAACAGCACAGUGCAGCGGUACACUGCGCUGGCCUCCGUCCUUCCCAUGGACUCUCUGGCAGCCGAGAUAGAAGGAACCUUCCGCAAAGGCCUGGACACCCCCGCUCCAUCAGAAUACAAGAACCACCCGUGGCGUGUGUUUGAAACAGUGAAGGUGGUGAACAAAGCCGUGAGGCUGCGGUCUCGGUGCCACUCCCCGGGGCUCCCGGGCUCCAGCCCAGUGUCCACUCGCUCCAGUUGUACCAGUACCCCCCGGACUAGCUACUAUGGCUCUGAUAAUGCCAGCCUUACCCUGGAGGACAAGCCCAGCUCCAAUCAUUCUCAGAAAGAAGACAACAGUGUUAGCGGGCCUAAGCGCCUGGGUCAGCCAGGCACACCAGGAGGCCAGGAUCUCGAAGCUGCUUUGCGCAGCCUGUCAGCCCGCCAACAGAGCCACUCGUCUGAGCGGCCUUUCUUUGACGUGGAGCGCGAGCGUAAACUCCGUGCCUUGGCAGCAAACUGUGAGGAGGGCGAGAGCUCCAGUGGCUUCCUGACACCAAACGACAGCCUGGCCUCGAGUCCGGCAGCAUCGACGGGCACCAACUACUCCAACGGCAGCUCACGGCACUCCUGUGGCUCCUCAGGAGGAUCCAGGUCCUACCUGCCCGACCGCCUGCAGAUCGUCAAACCUCUGGAAGGCUCAGUGACUCUGCAUCAGUGGCAGCAGCUGGCCAAACCAAACCUGGGGGGCAUCCUGCAUCCACGCCCAGGCGUCCUGACUAAAGACUUCAAGGAACUCGAGGUCGACAUACAGCACGUCUACAGCCUGAACGACCUGGAGGAGGAUGAACCUGACCUAUCGCAAGUCUCUGGAGUGCAUGGCAUGGUCUCUCCAUCUGGUCCCAACCUCCCUCAGACCUCUCCCACACAUACCAUUACCACCUGCCAAGUCCUCCAACCCUCCCUUCUCAUCCCCUCCUUCUCUACUAGCCUUCGCUCUUUCGGCCUGCCAUCUUGUCGGAACUGUGAGCACGUGAGCACUUCAUCUCCACCCCACCAGCAGCACUUUGGCCCAGGAGGCCGGACCACCACCACCUCAACUACCGCAAACAUAACCACUUCAUCACUGGGGCUCCUGCAGCUGCUGCAAGAGCACGGCAUCUCUGCCUCUCCUUAUCCCCACCACAACCUGCACUACAGCCAUACCACAAAACCAUCGCUCUCCACAGCGAAAGACAAAGGUGGAGGCUCAUCAUUGGACAAGGAAGGAAGAAGGAACAUUUUCAGCUUGAACUUGGUGGGUAAGCUUCAGAGUCUCGGGUUGCACCGAGUGGCCGCCUGGGGAAUGAAGGGCAGCAGUGACAAGGAGAGAGAGAAGCAGUGAGGCAUCCUCUGAAAGUCCGAUCCACCACUUCCUCCUCUCUCCUUCACAGUAGUGACUUUGUGUCGAGCCAUGCGUGUUCCCACUGUGCAGUUCAGGGCCCACAGCACUGGUGUCUUGAAAACAAAAGCCACAGAAUGCGCAGGAGCCAUACUUUGGGUUGUCGUGAGUGUAUAGUUUAUUUUCUUUGAACUCAUGUACAGUAGAUAAACCGUUGUGUGUGUGUGUGUGUGUGUGUGUGUGUGUGUGUGUGUGUGUGUGUGUGUGUGUGUGUGUGUGUGUGUGUGUGUGUGUGUGCGUGUGUGUGUGUGUGUAACACCUUCAUCUCAGGACAAUCACCUGAUCACCGGUCUCUCUGACAUCGCUUUUUACACAAAAAAAGACACAUCAUGAAGAAAAAAAACUUUUUAUACUGUGUUCUUUGAAUGUCAUUUUACAGUUCUCCCUGCCACUUGUUUUAAAAAAAAAAAACCUCAUCACCUGUCUUUUUUUUUUUAAGUUUCCAAAGUGAAAAAUUUAGUUACGUAUAAAUAAUAAACGUUGUCGUUUGGGAGAGUUAAAAAAAAGACUGUGCAGUUAUUAGUUAAAAACACAAACCAAGCCAAUGCUGUCACACUGAAGAUCUUUUCAAAUGCACUAAAAUACACUCUGGUCUUCCUGCUUGUUAGCUGCUACAUUGAGAAAAGCAUGUUGUAAAUAAGAUUGUCAAAUAUACUGGAAGUAAACACUGCGAUGAAAUUCUCCAAACUGGGACAGAUGAUACACUGACUGAACCGUAUGAUGCUGAUCGUGUUGACAUCCUGCAGUUAAUCACCUUGCUUUCACAUAGUAUAUGUUGUUAUGGCUGCUUACAGUUCGGCAUCACCUCUGUGGACUUACUAUCCUGAGCCAAACCUCACCAAAAACAAGAAGAAAAAAAAACAAAACACAAAUCAGGUUUGCCAUGCUGCAUCAAAGACAGUGAAUGGGAUUUUUAGAAGCAAUACGUGCAUUUACUGUUUGCAUUGACUGAAAAUCUUGCUUGUACAAAUCUGCUGUAUUUCACGUCAUCAGGAAUUUUGAAACUGCUGGGAUGUAAAUGAAAUCAAAAUCAUGUUUGGGCAUUCAAAGUGAAUUCUCCGUUGUGUUAAAGGGGAAUCCUUAGCUAAAGAAAUCCAAGUAGAAGAGAGGUGUUAAUUAUUGAAACAGCAUGUUUCUUCAAUCAGCAGUAGCAAAGAGGCAUAGGAUACUGUGGAUUAAAAAAGGGAAGAAAUCAUAAACACAGGUUUUCAUAAUUUGUGUUCUGACUUUAAUCAACCAAACCGUUUGUCUGCACUACUGUCGUAGUCUCUGUUAGAGUCACAGCUGUAUAUGUCAGUGUGUGUAUAAAUUGUACCACCUGUGAAUAAAACUUUGCAUUUUCGUCGAAUACA